AUGCGGGCUGGCGUUCUGGAUCGUGCAAGGAUGUUGUUUGAGGGAAUGCCUGAGGGAAAUGUGGUCACAUGGUGUGCGAUUAUCUCCGGGUGCAUUCAGUGCAGACGCUCGAAGGAGGCGUUGGCUCUCUUCUCACGGAUGCAGACCGACGGGUUUGAGCCAAACGACAUGACCCUCGUCAGUGUACUCGCCACCUGCGCUCAUCUGGGAGCUCUGGAGCAGGGGAAAUGGGUCCAUAUCUACAUGAGGAGUAACGGGAUAAAGAUCAGUGUGUUCCUGGGCACUUUAUUGAUCGACAUGUAUGCCACGUGUGGCCAAGUGGAGUUGGGCUUGAAGGUGUUUGAGGAGAUGCAGGAGGAGAACUUGCUAACCUACACAAUGAUGAUAAAAGGGCUCGCCAUGCAUGGUCGAGGAUUCGAGGUGCUACGACUCUUCUCAGAUAUGGAGAUGUCAGGCUUCGUCCCUGAUGAUGUCGCAUUCAUUGGCGCCCUUUGUGCAUGCACUCAUGCAGGGCUGGUUGACCAGGGUCACGAGAUCUUAGAUUCGAUGACCAGGCAGUAUGGCAUUAAGACAAAGCUCGAGCAUUAUGGGUGCAUGGUUGAUCUACUGGCACACAAUGGGCUACUCGAUGAGGCUCGAGAUCUGGUGGAGAGUAUGCCAAUGGAGCCCGAUGCUCUUGUCUGGGGAGCGCUGAUGGCUGGUUUCAAGGUUCAUAGAAAUGUUGAAUUGGCAGAGCAUGCUGUGAAACACUUGAUCCGACUAGAGCCAGAUUCUAGCGGGGUUUAUGUGCUUUUGGCCAAUGUAUAUGCUUCUUCAGGCAGGUGUGACGAUGCCAGGAAGGUGGGACUUCUGAUGAAGAAGCAAGUGGAGAAGACCCCAGGAUGCAGCCUGGUGGAGAUCGGAGGGAGGAUUCACCAGUUUUUGGUUGGUGACAUUGCUCACCCCCAGAUAAAGGAUAUACUGCUCAAGUGGCACGAGAUCGAGAGCCGCAUAAGGCUGGAGGGCUAUGUGCCAGACAAGAAAGCAGUGUUGCUCAACAUCGAUGAAGAGGAAAAAGAAGAUGCACUUGCUCGUCACAGUGAGAAGUUGGCAAUUGCCUUUGUGUUGCUUAGCACCUAG